CAUUAAAUUCAAAAAAUAAAAAUUAUAUAUAAUUAAUGAUUUAUUAUGAAAGAUGGAAAACGACCUUCUUUACACAAAAAUAUAUUUAUAUAUAUUGAUUUUCAGAAUUAAUUCAGUACUUUCACUUUAUUAGCUAUAUCAAAAUGAGAUAACGCAUAUAUUCAAGUGCAAAAUCUGGCUUCUCUGGGGAAAAUAGCAACCAAGGGUAACAGGUUCAUGCUUUCGGCAAUAACAUCCAUACAUUGAAAGGUAAUUCUAGGAACCACAUCAGAACGUAGGUUAACACGUUUGUAAAUAAAAGCUUAAUGAUGAUUAAGGUUAUGUUUACUCGAAACACUCUGGAGUUUAGUAAAUUGCUAAAAGCAAAUAAUAAUACUACAAAAUCUUCGAAUAAUCUUUUGUAUACAAAAUUUCAGGUAUUGUUUGCAAAGGAAAAUGAAACAACUGAAAGUCCAAGGAUGCGCGAAUUUAGAAAAAAGCUAAGGGAACGGACGCCUAUUGAGAAAUUAGAAGAAUUGGAAGAAGGAAAACAUCCUUAUCAAGAAAAAGAACCAUUGAAACCAUUUCCAAAUGAUACUAAUCCAGAAACAGGUGAGGUAGGAGGACCCCGUGGACCAGAACCAACUCGAUAUGGAGAUUGGGAAAGAAAAGGCAGAGUAACAGAUUUCUAGAUACAGAAAUUCUAGUCUUUGUAGAAAGAUAUGUAUAUAGUAUUUAAUAAUAUUGUAGAUAUAAAUAAAGAAUUAGAAUAAAAUAUUACAAUUUAGGAAAGAAUUAAAGAUUUAGUAUAAAAAUAAAAGCUUAUUAAAUAAUAUUGAAAUUGAAUAUUUAAUAUUUGAUCAAUUUAUUGGAAAUUAUGUACCAAUACAUACUGUAUUUGUAUUGUGUUUUGUUAAA